AGAAACUCUACGUCGUUCUCUCUUGGACAGUCGGUGUAGUGGAUGAUUAUGAAAACAAGCAUGACUAGCAACACAAAGAGAUCAACGUUCUCCAGAACCAAAUUUCAUCCUUCAAAAUGUCGGUUAUUGCAUUCGAAGAGAUCUUCAAUUCCUCAUCAUCAUCCAGUAAAAUUGAAAAACCCUACACUUUCACUGCCAUGCUAAUUCAUGGCUUACUGGGUUGUCGAGACGACUUUGUAGAUUUCGCUAAAUCCCUCGUUUCGUCUCUCUCUACUGAUUGGCGGAUGGUUGUUGUGGAUUUGAGAAACCAUGGAAGCUCGGUUGAUCGAGAAGAUGUUGUCAUUGGGCAUUCUGUUGGCGGCAAAAUUGCCUUGCAAUAUGCUUCAAGUUGUGCUCAUGGCGAUUAUGGUGAUUCAGCUCAGCUGCCUAAACAGGUGUGGGCAUUGGAUUGUGUACCUGGAAAAGUCGAGAAUAAAAGCCAUUAUGAAGAAAUGGAGAAAGUUUUCCAUACACUACAGACACUUCGGUCUCCCAUCCAGUCACAAGAGUGGCUGGUAGAACAUUUGAUGAAUCUUGGAUUCUCAAAGUUCUUAUCAGAGUGGAUAAGUAGCAGUCUCAAGAAAUCGGGAGAACACAUGACAUUUUCUUUCGAUAUUGAUGGUGUUAUACAUAUGUUCGAAUCCACCAGGAAUAGUGAUUAUUGGUUGUUGCUAGAGGAGCCUCCAAAGGGAAUAGAGAUAUGUGUAGUGCGUAGUGAAAGCCGAGUCACGUGGGACCCGAAUGUGGUCAAGAGGCUUGAGAGUCUUGCUAGCCGGGAAAAUGAUGAAUCAAGAGGCAAAGUCUCGGUUCAUGUUGUUCCUCGUUCCGGACACUGGAUUUACAAGGAUGAACCAGAGAGGCUGUUGGAGGUUAUGACCCCAAAAAUCGCCUCUUUGAUUCAACCGAAACUGUAACUUGUAAACUUGUAAGCUGCUAGCUAGCUUUUCAGCUUUCAACUAUUCUGGCGAGCAUAGUCUAAAUAUGGUUCAAUAACACUGGGUUUUGCCGUUGAAGUUCAUUUGUACAAAUUGUUUUUCAACUAUGAAUGUAUGUACUUUUAGUUUGAAUUUGUUGAAUAAUACUUUAUAUGUUAUUUGUACAAAUUGUUUUUCAACUAUGAAUGUAUGUACUUUUAGUUUGAAUUUGUUGAAUAAUACUUUAUAUGUUAU